ACCCUCCCUCUUCUGCCGCGUGCUUCAUCCCUCUCGACCACCCCGCAUCCAGAGAUCCGCGGAAGAGAACAAAAGUCCAGAGAUCUGCGGCCACAGAGGACUUUUCCUCACUCGGACUUCUUCUUUAUUCAGAAAUGGAGAAGGGCAAUGGAGAAGUUGCUAUUACUUUCGCCAUUAUUAGCCUCACCUUGAUGCUGUUUCGUGUCCUGUAUGUUAUAUACCGGAGUGGCAAACCUCUUCGAACAGAAGCUCCAGGAGCUCUCAGUACCCUCAUUAUUUUAGGUUCAGGGGGCCACACGGCUGAGAUGAUUAAUCUGUUGUUGGUGCUGCAAAAAGAGAGGUUUAGUCCUAGAUUCUACAUUGCUGCUGCUACUGAUAAUAUGAGCCUCCAAAAAGCUCGCACGCUGGAGAACAACUUGGUUGAUGAGAAUGGGGUCAAGGAGGUUCAAACUGCUCGGUUCAUGCAGAUCUAUCGAAGUAGGGAAGUUGGCCAAUCAUAUUUCACCUCUGUGUGGACAACUUUAGUUGCUAUGGCUCAUGCACUCUGGUUAAUGACUAAAAUUAGACCCCAAGUGAUUCUCUGCAAUGGGCCAGGGACUUGUGUUCCACUAUGUGCUAUUGCGUUCUUUCUCAAGGUUGUGGGGGUUAGAUGGUCAUCUGUUUUCUACGUCGAGAGUAUAGCAAGAGUGAGAAGGCUCUCAUUAAGUGGCUUGCUUCUUUACAAGUUAAAAAUAGCUGAUCAGUUCUUUGUGCAGUGGCCACAACUGCAGAGACAAUAUCCACGAGCUCACUAUGUUGGUUGUCUCAUGUAGUUUAUCGAAUGCAGCUGUCAACAUUGGUAUUAUCUCUUCAACCUCCAAGUUUUGCAAUGCAGUCAAGAUUGUCGAAGUUUAUCUAUAGCCUAUCUAUUGUUCUCUUUGCCGAACUAGAGUUGCUCGCUAGAUGUGUAUGGUAAUGUGAACUUUAAUUGUUUCGUGAAUUGAAGCCAUGAGGAAGAGGGAUAACUACUUUUCUGCUGUACGUUUGAUAACCCAGAGUUCAAAAAAUUUAUGAUUUCAGUUUUAA